GAAGCACUGUGCGGAAGCGGUGGCGGCUGUUCUUUUCACCACCACCCCUCCCUCCCUCCCUCCCUCCCUCCGGAAACCAGUGAGAGCAGGAAAGGCGAGAACCCGAAGAGCGAGCGAGCGAGCGAGCCAGCGAAAGAAACCGAGCUUGCAAGCCUCACUGAAGGCCGAGCUCGGCAGUGGCGGGCGCGCGGGGAGCAGGACAGCAGCAGCGGCGGCUCCUCUUCCUCCUCCCGGGGAGGGAACAGAGCCGAGGGAAACUUGGAGCCGUUUUCUCGAGAGCUUUGGGAGGAAGCCUCCGCCGACACCCCCCCAAACCCCGGGGAGCAUUUGCACCAAGACAAAUUCCUUGUGUGUCCAAUCAUACUUGGCCAAUAAAAAGAAUUCUAAUUCUAAGAAGAUGCAGGAGAAGAAGACAAUCACCUUAGUGACAAUGGCAAGGAAGAUAUGCUGAACAGAAUGUAAAGAUAUCAUGGCCUUACUUACAGUGACAGAUAUGGAAGGAACAGUAUCAUCUACUAUUCAUCAAAAUGGUGGUAUCGUUGGAAAUUCUACCAUUUCUCGACCAUCAGAACAGCUUUUUCGAAUUUACCUUUAUAAUUCCGCAGGAAAGACAGAAAGUGACUAUCUACUGUUUCCAGCUGGAGAGUAUAUUGCAGAAGAAAUUUGUAUGGCCUGCUGUAAAGCUUGCGGGAUCCUGCCUGUGUACCACAACAUGUUUGCACUAAUGAGUGAGGUUGACCGAUGUUGGUAUCCUCCAAAUUACACCUUCCAAAUAGAUGGAUCAGCUACUGUCACUGUACUCUACCGAAUAAGAUUUUAUUUCCCACACUGGUAUUGCAGCAGCAAUAUACGAGCAUACCGAUAUGGCGUUUCUCGAAGUGCAGAGAGUCCCGUUCUUGAUGAUAUUGUCAUGUCUUACCUAUUUGCUCAGUGGCGAGAAGAUUUUGUCCACGGGUGGGUAAAAAUGGCUGUGACUCAUGAAACACAGGAAGAAUGUCUUGGAAUGGCUGUUCUUGAUAUGAUGAGAAUGGCCAAAGAAAAGGACCAAACUCCAUUGGCCAUUUACAAUUCUGUAAGCUACAAAAUGUUUUUGCCAAAAUGCAUCAGAGAAAAAAUUCAAGAUUAUCAUAUUUUGACACGAAAAAGAAUAAGGUACAGAUUCCGGAAAUUUAUUCAACAAUUCAGCCAGUGCAAAGCAACUGCCAGAAAUCUGAAACUGAAGUAUCUCAUUAAUUUGGAAACCCUCCAGUCUGCCUUUUACUCAGAAGAGUUUAAAGUGAAGGAUCCUGGAAGAGAACCUACAAAUGCAGAAUCUUUUGCAACCAUUAUUAUAAGUGGAAAUGGCGGGAUACAGUGUUCCAGAGGAAAACAAAAUGCCAGUGAGGUGCUUGCAGAUGAGGACAUACAAACCUACUGUGAUUUUCCUGAUAUUAUAGAUGUCAGUAUUAAGCAAGCAAAUCAAGAAAGUUCUGGAGAAAGUAGAAUUGUAACCAUUCACAAGCAGGACAGCAAGAAUCUGGAAGCUGAAUUUCAUUCAUUAAAAGAAGCUCUUUCUUUUGUAUCAUUAAUCGAUGGAUAUUAUAGAUUAACAGCGGAUGCCCAUCAUUACCUUUGUAAAGAAGUGGCACCUCCUUCAAUUCUUGAAAAUAUCCAGAGCAAUUGCCACGGGCCAAUUUCCAUGGACUUUGCAAUCAGUAAGCUGAAAAAAGCUGGCAAUCAGACUGGCUAUUAUGUUCUCCGUUGCAGUCCAAAAGAGUUUAAUAAAUACUUUCUUACUUUUGCCAUGCAGCAAGACAGCAUAAUUGAUUAUAAACAUUGCUUGAUAACAAAAAAUGAAAAUGGAGAAUAUAAUCUCACCGGAACUAGAAAAAGUUUUACCAACCUUGUGGAUUUGUUGAAUUGUUACCGUACAGAAACCGUCCGAUCGGACAGUAUGAUUUUCCAGUUUACCAGAUGCUGCCCUCCAAAGCCAAAAGAUAAGUCCAACCUUCUUGUCUUCAGGAGCAAUGGAGAGUCUGAUAUGCCAACAUCACCUACUUUGCAGAGACAUAAUAAUAUCAAUCAGAUGGUUUUUCACAAAAUUCGGAAUGAAGAUCUUAUCUUUAAUGAAAGCCUUGGACAGGGCACCUUCACUAAAAUUUUCAAAGGAGUAAGGAAAGAAGUGGGAGACUAUGGUAAAUUAUAUCAGACUGAAGUCUUGCUGAAAGUUCUAGAUAAAACACACAGACACUACUCCGAGUCUUUCUUUGAAGCAGCAAGCAUGAUGAGUCAACUUUCUUACAAACAUUUAGUAUUAAAUUAUGGAGUUUGUGUCUGUGGAGAAGAAAAUAUUCUGGUUCAGGAGUAUGUAAAAUUUGGAUCAUUGGAUACUUACUUGAAGAAAAAUAAAACUUCUAUAAAUAUCUUGUGGAAAUUAGAAGUUGCAAAACAGUUGGCAAUGGCAAUGCAUUUUUUGGAGGAUAAAAACCUCGUACACGGGAAUGUAUGCGCAAAAAAUAUCUUGCUUAUCAGAGAGGAAGAUAGGAAGUCUGGGAACCUUCCUUUUAUCAAACUUAGUGAUCCUGGUAUCAGCAUUACAGUUUUGCCAAAAGACAUUCUUCUGGAGAGGAUUCCAUGGGUGCCCCCAGAAUGCAUCGAAAGUCCCAAGCAGUUGAGCCAGGCGGCGGACAAGUGGAGUUUUGGGACAACUCUGUGGGAAAUCUGCAGUGGAGGAGACAAACCUCUCAAUGCACUGGAUUCUCAAAGGAAGCUACAAUUUUAUGAAGACCGGCAUCAGCUUCCUGCUCCCAAUUGGACAGAACUGGCAAAUCUGAUAAACAAUUGUAUGGAAUAUGAAGCAGAUUUCCGGCCCUCUUUCAGAGCAGUUAUACGGGAUCUGAACAGUUUAUUUACACCAGAUUAUGAAUUACUAACAGAAAAUGAUAUGUUACCAAAUAUGAGAAUUGGUGCUCUUGGAUUUUCUGAAGCUUUUGAAGGACGGGACCCAACUUACUUUGAGGAGAGACACCUCAAAUUCUUGCAGCAACUUGGCAAGGGUAAUUUUGGAAGUGUGGAAAUGUGUCGAUACGAUCCACUGCAGGAUAAUACAGGGGAGGUGGUAGCUGUGAAGAAACUGCAGCACAGCACGGAAGAAUACCUGCGAGAUUUUGAACGAGAAAUUGAAAUUCUCAAAUCUCUGCAACAUGACAACAUUGUCAAGUACAAAGGAGUGUGCUAUAGUGCAGGUCGGAGAAAUCUGAAGUUGAUAAUGGAAUAUUUACCCUAUGGAAGUUUACGGGAUUAUCUCCAGAAACACAAGGACAGGUUGGAUCAUAAGAAACUCCUACAGUAUGCUUCUCAGAUAUGUAAGGGCAUGGAGUAUCUGGGUUCAAAAAGAUAUGUACAUAGAGAUCUGGCAACACGAAAUAUCUUGGUGGAGAAUGAAAACAGAGUGAAAAUUGGAGACUUUGGCUUGACAAAAGUUUUGCCACAGGAUAAGGAAUAUUACAAAGUAAAGGAACCAGGAGAGAGUCCUAUAUUUUGGUAUGCUCUGGAAUCCUUGACAGACAAUAGGUUUUCUGUGGCCUCAGAUAUGUGGAGCUUUGGUGUGGUUUUGUAUGAACUCUUCACUUAUAUAGACAAGAAUAAAAGCCCUCCAGCGGAGUUCAUGCGCAUGAUUGGAAACGAUAAGCAAAACCAGAUGAUUGUGUUCCAUUUGAUAGAGCUUUUGAAGAAUAAUGGGAGGCUGCCAAGGCCCGAUGGAUGCCCUGAUGAGGUUUAUACCAUCAUGUCAGAGUGCUGGAAUAAUAAUGCAAGUCAGCGGCCCUCUUUCAGAGAUCUUGCUUUGAGAGUGGAUGUCAUAAGGGAAGGCCUGGGUGGAUGAAAAUACUGAACUUGAUCCAAGGGGACAUGAAAACGUGCAGAGCAAAUGUACUUUGCUCCUUAAGCAGUUGCAGACUGUCGGCCAUCUUCUUCCUAUCCUUGAAGGUGGAGACUUGGGGGAAAUCGUCCUAUCAGAACUUACAAACGGUGAAGAUCUCUGCUUUAGCUUCUUCAUGAGGAAUGCUACCCCAAUGCACCAAUGGAAAGCACUUUGAUAGAAAAAGGAGUUCCUUUUUUUAAAAGAGUAAAACAGCAGUCAGUAUUGCCUAAUACGGAUUUGCAGUUCAAAAUGUCAAGAAGAAAAGUCAAGGGAAGGUGGAGAGUUGGUCUACAGAAUUUUUCUUUUCUGAGUUGAAGAAAAUUUAGGUUGCAAUCUUAUAUCAUCUAUUCCAUGGGGUAUAUGCCCUAUUGAUUUCUUGAGACUUAUUCUAAGAAAACAGAUAGAAUUCUACUCUUAAAACAGUAGAUUUCCUGCAGAAUGUAUACUAUUCAGCUUCAGCACAAGAAAAGCACAUUCCUAAAGGCAUCACUUUGAAGAGGAACAAAUGUUUGAAUUGAAGUUUAGCAAUGCCUAUUCACACUGUGGUUCAAUCACUUAUAUUGAUUAGAAAAAAAUGAUUUCUAAUCUCUUUUUUUUAGUUUCCAUUUUAGUCCAUUUUGUUUCCUAAAAGUAGAUGAGAUUAAUUUGUUCAUUUUCUUAUUGUGUAUUUCUUGUGUAUGGUUAUGCAGUUCUUUUGAGAAUAUGCAUUCAACAUUAAAAGACAUGGUAGAGAAGCAAAGAACUCUCAAGAUAAGAGGAGAAAAUAUCACAACUGGUUCUUGGAGUUGCCUCUAUAUCAUGGAAGAUCCCCAGACUUUCAAUGUGGAAUCCCAAAAAGGAAACUUUUGCAGAAUGCAGAAGACAUCACUAUCCUGCCUGAAUUCGUAAAGCAAUUCUGAGUGCCUGUGGAUUACAUUCCAAAAAGCCCCCGGGAAUUCCUGUUUGCCUUUUUUAUAGGAAAGAAAAUGGUUCCGCGUGCUUUUUCAUGGCUUACACAAGGGCUUAUAUUUUUUUCUUUAAUGCUAGUUUAGCUGGUUUUUACCAUGUUGAGGCGUUAUGGCUCCAGUGAAGAGGACAAAUCAGAGGUUUAGUACUUGAUUGAGCAACUAUAUGCUUGUCUGAGCCAGUGGCGGGUCGGCAAAAGAAGCAGAUAUGCCUGUUGAGACAGUAUAAUGCACUGUGUAUAUAUAUAUAUAUU